GUCAGGUCGAGAAACAAGACAUGCGCGGAUAUUGUUAUAAGAAGGAGUAGGCAUGGUUUUCGCCGCUUUUGAAAAUGAUGGCUGGCAUCGUGCCACCAAGCAAAAAUCCUAAUCGACGACGCAAAUCAUUCACCUGCGUUAAUACUUAGAAGUAUCUCGCCAGAAUAGCCGCAGAAGUAGGCCAGCGAUUCUGUUCACUCUCAAAACUGUACUGUUGAGAAUGAGGUAUCGCAAGCAUGGCUCGAUGGACCAUCAGCAGCAAAUUGAGCCGGGUGCUUCAGACAAGCAACAUGUGCCAUUCCGCAACAGGAUUACUCGCAUAACAUGGGGCUGGUUCCCGUGCACGAUGUCUACUGGAGCAAUGGCAAGUCUCCUCAGCCAACAACCAUUUACCUUUCGAGGGCUGGAGACAAUAGGAAAGGUGGUCUUCGUCCUUGAUAUCGUCCUCUUUGUCACCUUUACCUGCAUGAUCUUGGCACGAUUCCUACUCAAGCCUCAGGCAUUCAUAAAGAGUCUCCAUCACCCGUCUGAAAGCUUUUUCUUUGGAUCAUUCUGGGUUUCCGUUGCACUGAUCCUCUAUGGCGUAGCGGCGUAUGGAAUCCCUGGUCUGGCUAAUGAUAAUGUCUGGCUUAUCAAAGCAGUGCAAGUACUAUUCUGGAUGUACAUUGCCUCCGCAACACUUGUUGCGGUCUUCCAGUAUGACAUUAUUUUCCAUACUGAGAGGCUGGAUAUUAACGAGGCGUUGCCGGCUUGGAUCCUGCCAGCAUAUCCUUUCCUAGUAUCUGGCCCUCUUGCUGCGCAGGUUGCCAAGACCCAGCCUGAUCUGAGCGCUACACAGAUUAUCAUUGCGGGAAUAGCUGGGCAAGGGCUUGGAUGGAUGUUGUCGCUGCUCAUGUAUAGCGUGUUCUAUGCACGGCUGAUUCAGGGCGAGAUGCCGCCCCCAAGUACCAGACCCGGUAUGUAUGUGUCUGUCGGCCCGGCGGCGUACACUUGCGCGGGUCUCAUAUCCUUGGGCCAGCAAGCUAAGAGCCGACUGCCUGAGGGAUUUGCUGGAAUCAGUUCACUAGAUAUCGGUGAUCUUUGGCUUGCGUUAGCUUUGCCCGCCGGGCUGUUUCUAUGGAUGUUCGCCAUCUGGUUUUCGGCACUAACGACACUAUCUCUGAUUCAAGGGAUCAAGAAGAUGGAAUUCAGUUUACAGUGGUGGGCAUUCGUCUUCCCAAAUGCUGGAUUGACGAUUGCGACGAUACAAAUCGGCAACCUCCUUGACAGCGAUGGCAUCAAGGGCGUGGCGGCGGGCUUGACGGUCAUAUUGGCUGUUCUGUGGAUCCUUUGCGCGGUCCUUCAUAUUCGGGCCGUGUGGCGGUACGACGUUCUAUGCCCUGGCAAAGAUCAGGGCGUAGAUGCCGUUAAUGAGAGCGGAAAACUGAUUUCGUAAUAUAGAGUUAACCUAGAUAAGAUGGAGUAACAGAGAUUAAGGUUGAUGAAAUAAG